AUGAACAAAACUCACCCCCAGAGAAAUGGUGAUGUUGCUACUUUUGAGUCAACAAAGUCCUUCUCUGAAGAAAGAGACUGCUGCCAGCCACACAGUGCCCGUGCAGGCUGCACACGGAGACAUGCCUGCAUUUCUGCCACGGCACUGCUCAUCCUCGCUGCUGUCGUGGGCUUGGCAGUGGCACUGGGACUCCUGCCACGUGCGCCAGUGAACCGCUUCUGUGCAGCCUCCAAUAACCAGACAGGCUUCUUGUGCGAUGACAGAGUGAUCUGCAUCCCGGCCAGCCAGGUCUGUGACGGAGUCAGCAACUGCAGGAACAGAGAGGAUGAGCAGGAGGAACUCUGUGGUGACUUGCCCCGCAGCCUUCCGGGAUACCUGGUUUUCCGCUGCAGUAACCCUGGGUACUGGGUCUAUGCCGAUCAGAGGUGUAACGGGAUGAACGACUGUGGAGACUGCUCUGAUGAGAUGGGGAGCUUGGCCGCCUGCCCCCCGUGCGGGUUGGAGUGGUGGAGCUGCAGCCCUGUGCUCUACGAGUACUGCUCCUGCGUGCCCAGGAGGCUGUGCCGGGAUGGCGUCCAGCACUGCCUCAGCUGGUCCGAUGAAUACAUCUGCAGACCGUGA